CAGUAAUUGACAUGGCAACGUGGCUGCAAAAGUCGCUCGCCGAUGCGUUGGGGUUCUCGGAGACACAGGACAUCGCGGCCUUUGUUGAUUCCAUCGAGUCCAAGGAGGAUAUCUAUGAGGCUGUGGUUCAAAUGAUCGGCGAAGACAAGAGCGCCGUGGCACACACAAUCGCAGCUCGCCUCGUCGACGAACGUAGGCCGAAAGUAGUGCCAACUGCUACCGGCGCACUACCUGCUGUUGACGCCACACCCAAACCCCGUCUGCCCCACGCCAGUCCCAUCACCAACUGCCUCGAAUGCGGACUCAUCGAGUACGGCGGCUCCCCCGCCUGCGCUUCCUGCGGCGUGUUGCUGCAUUAUGUGGACGAGCGACCAGAUGCUCACGAAGCGCGUGAGCACCGCGAUCGACUCCUUGCAAACGAUGCUUCCCUCUCCCAACGAACGGUUGUGCAUGAUAUGAAUGCCCAUUUUGACGCAGACAAGUUGGCCCGCGACGACGCCGCUGCCGUCGCAUCCGCCAUGACCGUUCACAUCGACUUGGUGAAUCGAUCCAUUGAAGCAGCGCCGAUGGCAUCUGACCAAGCAGAUAUGAUGGCGAGUCUCGUGCAUCAUUUAGAGCGAGACGUCCGAAAGGUGGCGAAAGGCGCGCCGCCGCCGCUGGUGCAUCACGGCAACUACACCGUCGUGAACGGCGACGGUAUCGCAGACGAAUAUGUGUAGGGCAGGGCGUAAGGAAUCCUUGUUACAAGGACACAACACGCAAACCAUGUUGUUUCUCAACACCUCGAUAGAAGAACGAGCACACACGACGGCACCACCCUGUGUAAAUCUAUUAUUGCUUGGCCAGCUUACGAUGCAAAGCGUCCAAAAUCUUCUUGAUGCGAUCCAGCAUCACUUGGUCCGACGACGCACAACUCCGGCUGUCGUACGGCGGACGAAUGAGAACGUCCAUCACGCGGAUGUGUUGACCUUCCCAAUGGCACGGCAUCGUCUUGCUCAGCACGUCAAAGAUGGACUGUCCGAGGGGGGUGACGUCCUUGCCGAUCGAAGCGAGGGCCUUUUCGGCCAGUUCUCGGUUCUGCAGCUCCAGUUUGCGUAGCUUGCCCUCACUCACAGACGAUGUCGGGACGGAUGAUCGACCAUUGAGCGACGAAUGCGACGACUCCCAAGACUCGUCGUCUUUCGCAACGAUCUCGACGCUCUGGACCGCUGCGAUGUGCACCAAGUGCGUCGAGUCCACACCCUUGACGACCAAGAAGCCAGAGACUGGGUCCAACGUAUACACGCUGCCUUCGAUCACAGGGGUGUCGUCGAACGUCUUCACCCGCACCCAUGUAUCAAGGGCCACGUGCCUGCCUUCCACGCCGUUCCCAUUCUGCACUGGCAGUUCCACCAACACCUCGUCGGCCAUCGUCGUGCAAAAUUCCUGGCGCCAGGUCCCGACCUGUAAGAGUAGAUUGUCGACAGGAUUUAUUGUCACGGUUUAGCGUUAUUUUGACCCUGAAAACACGUUAAAUUGAGAAAUUC